AUGUCUGCCGUUAUAGCAAAGGGUGAUUUGAUCCGCUCUAAAAAUCUCCCGACCUCUCCUUCGAAAGAUGUUUCGCACACUAGACCCAAGACUCACACACAAAGACUCGCUUCUCAAUAUCCACCCCCUUUACGUACCGUUUCCCCCGCGUUUGAGCUGGAAGACCGUCCAGUCGAUCAACGGCGGGCAAUCAAAGCCAUCGUCACCGGUGCCGGUAUUUCCGGGGUGACGGCCGGGAUUCUUUUACCGGCCAAAGUGCCUGGUUUGGAUUUGGUUAUAUAUGAAAGAGCUUCCGAUGUUGGAGGUGUUUGGCAUUCCAACGUAUAUCCUGGUGUCCGGUGUGAUAUACCUUCGCAUGGUCAGGUUUACCAAUCAACCUUUUCACCUUCAACGCAGUGGUCCGAGAAUUACGCCAGCGGCAGCGAAAUCAAAAACUACUGGAAAACCCUGGCCACCAAAUAUGACGUCUGGAAAUACAUUCAACUCAACAGUGAAGUCAUCAACGCAACCUGGUCAGAUGCAAAGGCGUUAUGGAUAGUACAAAUUCGUCAAACAGAUCCAACCAAUGGCGAUGUAGUGAUCUUUCAGGACGAGGCAGACUUCCUUAUUACUGCCACGGGCCGUUUCAGUGAACCUCGAUUGCCAGACGUUCCAGGCAUUGAGGAAUUUCAGGGACAUCUCCGUCACAGCUCGCAAUGGGAUCCUGAUUUUGAUCCUAGUGGGAAGCGUGUUGCGCUGAUUGGGAAUGGGGCAUCGGGCCUUCAGGUACUACCAGAGCUGCAGAAACUGGCAAGUCAUGUAGACCAUUACGCGCGAAGCCCAACCUGGGUAGCUUCUUCUUUUGGUGGUGAGGAUCUCAAUCGAGACAUACCUAUAUCCGAUGAGGUCAAGACGCGAUUAGCAGCCAGUCCGGAAGAGUAUUUGAAAUAUCGCAAAGCAUUAGAGACCAGAAACUGGGGAGGAUUUACCAGAGUCAUAAAGUCUAGCGAUGCGAGUCAAAAGGGGAGAGAAACAAUGGAAAAACUCAUGUUUCAACGGCUUGGUAAUCGCGAGGAUCUUUUUGCGUUAGCGAAGCCGGGAUUUUCUCCUAGUUGCCGACGCUUAACCCCUGGUCCUGGAUAUUUGGAAGCUCUCACGCAGGAUAAUGUCUCGUAUAUAAGAAAUCCGAUUGAACGGUUUACGGCAAAUGGUAUCAGAACGACAGAUGGAUGCGAGAGACAAGUAGAUGCCGUCAUAUGUGCCACGGGAGCCGAGAUAUCCUGCGCCGCCGCAUUUCCUAUAAUCAAUGGGAAUGGCACCGAUCUCCAAGCGGCCUGGACGCCUGGUGGUACACCAGGGUUCCCCGAUACGUAUCUCGGUAUGGCUGCACCAAGUUUCCCCAAUCUAUUAUUCAUCUUAGGUCCCCAGGGGGGCAGUGGGUUUGCAGGGACAGUACCAAACACCGUUGAAAACGAGGUUACAUACAUCGCCAAGAUCCUGCGGAAGGUGUCAACACAAGGAAUACGCACUAUAACACCAUCAAGAGCUGCAGUGGAUGACUUCCGAGCGUACACGGAAUCUUUCUGGCCGGAGACUGUCCUAAGUGAAGAAUGCAGUUCUUGGUACAAUGGAGGUGUGAAAGGGGGACGUGUUGUUGCACUAUGGCCCGGGAGUGGCAGCCAUGUCAAUUAUGUGAGACGAGAUGUUCGGUGGGAAGAUUUUGAUUAUACGUAUCACAACGGACAAGGAAAUCGAUUUGCGUAUUUUGGUAAUGGAAGGACCGUCCGUGACAUAAGAGCUAGUCAGUCGGAGGACAUUGUGAAGGAUGGUAUUGAUUUUACUACUUACCUUAAACUUGAGGCGGCCAUUGACCAUGGCGUGGAUUUGAGAGGCUAUCACGAAGCAUGGUGGGAAGUAUAG